GAUACUAUUGACCCUGCAAAAGAGUCUGUCCCCUUCUUUCUUAUAGCCCCCCUUUAUAUACUGAAAGGCCUCUCUUAGGUCUCCCCAGACCCUUCUCUUCUCUGUGCUGAACAGCUCCAGGUCUCUCAGCCUGUCCUUGCUGGGAGAUGUUCCAUCCCUGAAUUAUUUUUGUGGCCCUUCUCUGGACGCUCUCCAACAAAUCUAUGUCUCUCCUGAACUGAGGACUGCACAUCUGGAUGCAGUAUUCCAGGUGAGACCUCACCAAUGCUGGGUGGAGAGACUGAAUCACCUCCCUGGACCUGCAAAUCUAUGAAUUCCCACAUUUUCUGUGUGUGCACUUCAGAAAACUGACUCCCACCUCUCAACACCCCAUAUUCAUCCCUCUCUGGGUAUUGGUUAUUUAUAAUGUAGUUGCUUACAUUACUGCCUGUGUGUGGCCGGGAGCUUAGAGGCUUAGUUUGUUCGUUGAAGUUUUCUCUGUGUUAUCAGUGGGACUAGUAAAAGAUAUCCAAGACUGCUGUGUUGUGCCCAUGAAGGUAUUUGCUAGCUUCCUUUCCAUUCACCUGCCCUGAACCCAUCAUUUAGUUGUUGCUGUGUUUUUUGUUUCUGUCUGGUAGCAUGGCUUUUUUCUUCUCUUUCCUUCUCUUCUUCAGAUUUGGAAUUGCAUGGUACUUUCUGGUGUUCAUGAUAGGACACACAGUUUUGACUACUUGGAGGAGCUGUGAAUUAAACGUCAGCCUUCUACAUACUGAUUAGGCACUUUUCAGUUACACCAACCCAUAAAAGAAAUGGAAUUGGAAUUUCCACUCUCUCUCAUGAGCAUAUUUUAAAGGUUUCCUUUAGAAAGUACAAAGACUUUCAUAGUGGUAGAUGCCUCCAGUGUUAUUAAGAGAUGAUGCAGAAUUAUAAAAUAGUUUGAGUUGGAAGGGACCUUAAAGCCCAUCCCCUUUGAAUCCCUGCUAUGGGAAAGGACACCUCCCACAGACCAGGCUGCCCAAAGCACUAUCCAGCCUGGCCUUGAGCAUUGCCAGGGGUAGGGUAUCCACAGCCUGUGCCAGGACCUCACCACUCUCGUAGUAAAGAAUUUGUUCCUUGUAUCUAAUCUAAAUUAAAUUUCUUACAGUUUAAAACCAUUGUCCUCAUCCCGUAUACUACACCCUUUGAUAACAAGUCCCUCCCCAGCUUUCCUGUGGCCCCCUUUAAGCAUGAAAAAGCCACAGUGAGGUCUUGCUGGAUUUCUUUCUUCUCCAGGUUGAACAAGCCCAGCCCUCUCCAACCUGUACUCAUGUUUAGGAUUGCCCCAUGCCAGGUGCAGGACUUUGCACCUGGUCUUGUUGAACUUCAUGACAUUAUCAUGGGCCCCCCUCUCAAGCUUGUCCAGGUCUCUCUGGAUGGCAAGCCCUUCCCUCCAGCAUGUCAGUCCCAAUACAGACCCCUGAGGGCAGCACUUGUCACUGGUUUCCACCUGGACAUCAAACCAUUGAAUGCAACUCUUUGAAUAUAACUGUCCAGCCAAUACCUUAUCCGUUGAAUGGUUCACCCAUCAAAUACACAUAUUUUCAUUUUAUAGGCAAGACUGCUGUCCCAGGCCUUGCUAGUUACACAAUGAAAGAGCAUGCUGACCUGCUUCUAAGGUUAAUGAUUAAAUAAAUUAAAAGUACAAAGGGGGACAGCUUUUUUCAAGAACUCUGUACUUCUUUCCCUGUUAUAUACACAGUUGUCAUCAAUUGUUGAACAAUUACCUCAAAAUUUUGGUAAGUUAAAUAUUUCUUUCUGUAGUCAAUAAUUAUUUUCCUGUGGGUAAGUUAAGCUUACACAGACCUUCAUAUAAAGGACUGUGGUGGGUGUCUCCAGAGCAGAACUCUACAGCUUACUUUCAGUGAAAUGGCUCUUCAAUUUCUGUGUUUUUACCAACGUACUGGGAUAUUUUUUCUUCUUCUAUCAUCUUUAAUCUUUGCGGAAUGUGGGAAGAUCCUGGUGAUACCUCAGGAUGGAAGUCAUUGGCUCAGUAUGCGACCAGUAGUAGGAAAACUCCAGCAAAAUGGACAUGAUGUUGUUGUGGUUGUACCGUCAUCAAGUUUUUUUAUGAAGACAAAGGAACAUCAAAAUUAUACAGUGAAAGUAUAUCCAACACCUUAUACAGAUGAGCAUUUACAUGGCGUGCUCAAGUCAUUUGUUAAUGAUCAUCUUACUGAGCAAUCUACAUUGAAAGCAAUCAUCACAAUGUAUCACAGCAUUGUAGAAGCUUUCAGGUUUUUUUUCACCACAUGUCAGAGCCUCUUGCACAACAAAGAAAUGAUGCAGUAUUUGAGAAAGAGCAAAUUUGACAUCGUUUUCACAGAUCCAAUUCUGAUGUGUGGACCAAUACUUGCUGAUUAUCUUUCAGUUCCUUCUGUCUACUUCUUGCGAGGAUUUCCUUGCGGUAUGGAUUCAAAAGCUACCCAGUGUCCAAGCCCUCCUUCUUAUGUUCCCAGGCUCUUCCUAAAUAAUUCCGAUAGCAUGACAUUUGCUCAGCGUGUGAAAAACAUGCUGGUCAAUAUACUGGAGCUUGUUUACUGUCAGCCUUUAUUCACUCUAUUUGAAGAACUUGCGUAUGAGAUUUUGCAAAAGAAAGUGACUGCUACAGACCUUCUAAGCCAUGGAUCUGUCUGGCUCAUGAGAUAUGAUUUUGCCUUUGAAUUUCCAAGACCAAUAAUGCCAAACAUGGUUUUUAUUGGAGGGAUAAACUGUGCUCAGAAGAACAAGCUGUCUCAGGUAUAGAACUUUAUUUUAUUUGUAUUGAAAACCAAGAACAAAAGUAUGUAAGUAUCUCACAUUGAAACUUCACUAAAAACACCUUCUUAUUUAAAAAUAGAAAGCUCAAAAAUCCUGCAAGAUUCAUAAAUAUUAUUUGCCAGUACCCAGCAUUCUGAUUAAAUCAUAUCCUGGCAAUCCUAAAGUCUUAUCAAAUAAGAAAACUUAAGUUACAUGUAAACAGUAUGCAAAUGAUGAACUGUUUUUUUGAAUUGAAGCUCAUCUGGAUUUUGGCAAGUGGCAGGCAUUUCUCUCCUAAAGAAGUUGGUAGCUUCUAUUUUAUCUAAGUUUCUAAUGCUACAUCCGCCUGCAGAAGAGCAGGCACCACAAUCAUAUUGCUACAUAGCUCUGAAAGAGUAGCCUGAGGAACACACAUAGACACUGUCUGGUCUUUGUCUGCUCUACAGUGUUCAGGACUGUCCAUCUGGACACAUCAGGCACUUGCUGCCAUGCCAGGAGCAUUCAAUCCACCUGCUUUGGUGGCUAUGGGAGCUAUGGACUCUAGGUGUUGCCAUCUAACUGUACUGACAGUCAUGAAAAGCUUGCAGGAUAAAGGGCACCCAAUUACUGUUGUUGAAGGCAGCUUUGGCAUCAGUGUUGAAGAUUGGCAUGGGCAUUUCUGUGCAUGUGCAUCUAUAUAUCCAUUCUCCUUUUUCAUUCUUGAAGGUUAUAGGACUAACAUUUUUGCCAUUUGUCAAUUGUAUUUCUGUCCAUUCAGUCAGGUAGAUUGAAUUACCUCUUUCUCUUUAUGUCAAGGUGUUAAUAUAAACUGAAAAAGAAAUAAAACGCACAUGAGGGUUAAAAUUUGGAAAAAGUAGCAAAUAUAUAAGCUGCAGCCAAAUCUAAACCCCAGAAGAAAGCCUUUCAAAAAUACAUCCUCUUGUUCUUUUUAAGUUAUUUAAUUAGAUUCUAGGCAUGGAUGUCUUCUAUAAAUUCCCAUACAGGUUUU